AUGGACGAGCUACGCAAGAUCCCUCCCUUUACACGCUACACGAUCUUUGGCGUGCUCGGCGCGACUCUCCCCACCCUCCUGCACCUCGUCAGCCCUUACCACCUCGCCUUCGUCCCGCACCGGAUCGCACAGAACUGGGAGCUGCAGCGGCUCGUCCUGCCGUUCUUGUUCGGCGGAGGAGGGCUCAAUCUUGUGUUCAGUCUGAUCAUGCUGUACCGGAGCUUGAACGAGUUGGAGGAGGGUCACUUUCAGCGGAGGCUGGCGGACAUGACCUGGGCAUUCAUCCUGAUCUGCGGGAUGAUCAUCGGCCUGAAUACGCCUCUCCAGACGCCCUUCCUCUUCAACCCGUUCAUGAUGGCCGUCAUUCAUCUCUGGGCUCAAACGCAUUCGGCGAACCAAGUAAACCUCUACGGCAUCAUCACCAUCCCAGCGCCCUACUUCCCCUUCGCCAUGCUCGGCAUGGACCUCCUGAACGGCGGACCGAGUGCCGUCUUGCGCUCCUUCACGGGCAUGGUUGCUGCGCAUGCGUACUACUUUCUCUCCGUGAUCUACCCUCGCCAAAACGGCGGCCGCCAACCCGCCCUUGUCCGCUCACUCCUCACCCCUCCUCAAACACUCAUCAACCUCCUCGGCAACGGUCCCCUCGUUCCCUCAUCCUAUGCCGCCCCGGGCUCUUCAACCGGCGGAUCAGGCUCGUACCGCCUCGGAGGGGGAACGGCGUACCGACCUGCUGAUGGUGCGGCUGGUGCGGCUGCGAGAGCGAGGACGACGACGGGAGGUGCGCCGGCGGGAGGGAGCUCGACGGCGACGAGGGAGCAGCAGGCGCAGCAUCGUUGGGGUCGCGGGACGCGGCUGGGCGGCGAGUAG